GGUCGAGCCAAGCCACAUGUGGAGUGUUUGUGUGUUUUGGUGCUUCAUCGUGUCGUUUUUACGCAUCCUUCGCUCCGUUAGCCGCCGCGCUGACACUGAGCUGAUCGCUAACUUCCGCUAAGCUACACGAUGCCCAAAGUGCGCCAGACCAAAGAGUGGACUAAAUCAGAUGCUCUUGCCGAAGUUACUGCCGCGGACCCAUGCGACUUUGUGCUGGAAACGUCCCCUCCUGAUUUUGUGGAGAAAAUAUCGCAGCUCCUUGGGUCUUCUUCUGUGGUGCAGACCGGACGGGAUGGAGCCGCUGCAAACCCCGCUGACACAGACAGUGACUCGGCGGACAGCCUGUUCAUCACUCAGAAACCUGUACCCGAGGCCGUGAGGUCAGGAAGACGGCGGCCCCACAGCGCAAGUUCAGGUCCCACGUCUCCCAGUUUUCUAGAGGAAAGUGAAGAUGGCAGUUCACAUUCAGCCUCCCGGCAAGAGUCCAGAAGGAAAAAAUCUAAGAAAAAGGUCAAAUUCAAAUUGCCAAAGUACAGUUUCCCGUUCCUCAAAGACAAAACGUUGAAGCUCACGAGCACUGUGUUACCUGAACCACAAAACAUAAGAUUACAUUAUUCUUCAAUGGGAGGCUUCUUUGACUGUAUGAGAAAGCUGCAACAGAGCUAUCAAACAGGAGAGGAUCUGGAGACAAAUUUACCAACACUGGACAUGAACGGCGAGUGCAUACUUCCAAUAUCAGAAGAAGAAGAAGAAGAACCGUUAGAAGACGCAGACAUGAAAGUGGUGGCAAAGAAGCAUUUUGUGGUACCAUCAAAAGUGAAGCGCUCGCAGCCCUGGUACAGUGAGAAGAAGAGAGAUGGUGAAGUGAAACAGCAGAAGACAAGUUGUAUUAAUGCUGCAGGUAAAAUGUCACGAGGAUGGAAGAAGACGUUACAUAAAAUACCAACUAAGAGUCCCUCACUGAGAACUGCACCGUCUCCAAAUUUGGAGAACUCCGAUGAUGAAGAUACUUCGUAUAGAAUUCUGGGAGAGGGGGCGGCGAGUGACAAACAACAGAAAGGUGAAAGAAGCGUUCCUGCUCAAACUGAAACGCCAAAGACAAACAGAAGUCUUAACAGAGAAAAGAAAGACAAUUCUGAGCAAAAAGAAAAGGAGGAUGAGCCGUGUGACAGCAGUGCUCCACUUUGUGAGCAAAGUCCAAAUGAAAGCAUUCAAGAGGGCAGAGAAGCAUCAAUAACUGAGCCUCACGCUGAUGCUUUGAACAGAGAGGGGCUAUCCCAGGCAGGGCAGCAGGACAGUAAGUCUAAAGGGCAACGUUUCUUCCAGAGUGGCACUAAUAACAUUAUUAUAGGCAGUGAAACCAGGGGGAAGAAGAAAAAUGACAAAGAAGACAAUGAAAGUGCAGAAGAAGAUGGUAGCCAGAGUCAGGAGGUGCCAGAAGUUCAGCAUGCCGCACCAUCUAUGAAUGAGGAAAUCACUGAGCUGGAGGAGAGGCCUCAUCUGCCACAGCCCAUCAAUGAGCCAGAGCUCCGUGACAAACGUGUGAUGGAGGAGAGUGACAUCUCUGAUUCACAACAGAAAAAGAAGAAAAGACAGAACGAGUCAUCAGCAGAAGACGUCAGACAGGAGGUGCAUGAACACUUUGACUCUGAUGUGAGGAUCAAUGAGGAUUCUGUGCAUUUAGGGAGCUCUAACAGAGGCAAGAAGAAGAAGAAGAAGAAAAAUGACAAAGAAGAUACUGAAAGGGUAGAAGAAGAAAAAAGCCAGAGUCAGGAGGAGCUGGAGGUUCAGCAUGCUGCAGCAUCUGUGAAUGAGGGAAUCACUGAGGAGGAGGAGAUGCCCGGUCUGUCACAGUCUGCCAGUGAACUGGAGUUUAGUGAAAAGCCUGUGAUGGAGAGUGGCAUUCCUAAUUUGCAACAGAAGAAGAAGAAAAAGAAGAAAAGCAAGAACGAGUCAUCAGCAGAAGACAUCAGAGAGGAGGUGCAUGAACGCUUUGAAUCUGAUGUGAGGAUUGGGGAGGAUUCUGUGGAUUUAGCGAGCUUUAACAGAAGCAAGAAAAAGAAGAAGAAAAACAACAAAGAAGAAAAUCAAAGCGUAGAAGAAGAAAUGAGCCAGAGCCAAGAAGAGCUGGAGGUUCAGCAUGCUGCAGCAUCUGUGAAUGAGAGAAUCACAAAGGUGGUGGAGACUCCCCGUCUGUCACAGAUCGCCAGUGAGCUGAAGCUCAGUGGAAAAACAGGGAUGGAGGAGAGUGACAUCUCUGAUUCAAAACAGAAGAAGAAGAAAAAGAAGAAAAAACAGAAUGAGUCAUCAGCAGAUGACGUCAGACAGGAGGUGCAUGAACACUUUGACUCUGAUGUGAGGAUCAGUGAGGAUUCUGUGCAUUUAGGGAGCUCUAACAGAGGCAAGAAGAAAAAGAAGAAGAAAAAUGACAAAGAAGCUACUGAAAGUGUAGAAGAAGAAAAAAGCCAGAGUCAGGAGGAGCAGGAGGUUCAGCAUGCUGCAGCAUCUGUGAACGAGGGAAUAACUGAGGAGGAGGAGGAGGAGACGGCCGGUCUGUCACAGUCUGCCACUCAGCUGGAGUCUAGUGAAAAGCCUGUGAUGGAGAGUGGCAUUCCUAAUUUGCAACAGAAGAAGAAGAAAAAGAAGAAAAGAAAGAAUGAGUCAUCAGCAGAAAAUAAAAAGCCAGAGAAGAAGAAGAAAAAGACAGAAAGCAAUGAUGAUGAGGAAGAUGUUGAGCAGUUCAAGUGCAACACAGCUCCUGAAUCUCUUCACGAGGAUGUCGAGAUCCUGCCAGAGAAAAUCACCGCGGCGCGAUGCGACGUUUCAGCGUCUGAUUCUGUGGCGGCUGGAAAGCCAGGCAUCAGCACUGGUGGUGAAUCAACAGAAAUGACAGGAUGUUUGGAGGAAUCUAAUGAAAGAGUCAGGAAAAAGAAGAAGAAGAAGAGGAAAAUGUCAGCUGCACAGGAGAGUGUGGAAAAAGAUGAGGAAUUAGAUGUUGAGGAACUAAAUGAAACGUGUGAGGAGGCCCUGGCUGACACAGGGGUGAGGCAGAAAAAGAAACGCAAGAGAAAUGAAACAGGAUCAGGAAGCGCAGCUGAUGCAGGAUUCUCGGAUGAGGCUGUAGUGGUGAAAAAGAAGUUGAAAAAAAAGGAUGGAAGAGGCUCCAGCAGCUGGACGUGAAGAAACGGAAUCAGAAAGUCUGUUCGAACAUGCUCCGCCAUCUUUAGAUACACCUGGAAAUCUGGCAAGAAAUGAAGUGGGAGACGAUAAGAAAAAAGGGAAAUCUGCUAGCAAUGCUUUGUUAUGGGAUAAAGCAAAAUGUUAUGAGCAUUUAAUCCAAACCUCUGAUUAAAAAAGCUAAAGAAAAGACAGCGACCUCUCGCUCCCAUUUUGAACUGCCCUCUUCACACAAACAAGCAAAAGAAUCCGAAGCGGCACCUUCGUAAUCCAAGCGAGGACUUUCUGACAGACUGUUAGUACCGGGAAAGUCGUUCUCACUCGGACACAAGCAGCUCUCAGUGUUGUCAUAGUGACACUGUUAAAGUUAAAUGAAAAUGUGACUGACUGUAUUUUAUUUUGUAUCAACAUAAUUUAUUUUAAUGCCUCUGUGAGUUUUUACUGAUGAGAAAUGUCACAACAAACCAUGACCAUUUAAUAUUUUUUUUUUUUUACAAAAUAAAGGUUCCUGAACACUAAAGUCACAUUAUUUAGAAGAAAAAUGUAAUAAUAAUAAUAAAAAAAAAUGUACUGAAAAUUUUGCAUUACCUUUUGAAUUGUGGUUUAACAGAAUAAUUUUUAAAACAAACUAAUGAAACUUGCCUGGACACAAAUGAAGGUACCUUCAACUUAAUAUUUUGUUGCACAACCUUUUGAUGCAAUCACUGCAAACAGUUGAUUUCUGUAACUCUCAGUGAGACUUCUGCACCUGUUUACAUGUGCUUUGGAGAAACUCCUCCUGAGGAAACGGCUCCAGCUGUCUGAAGUUUGAACGGUGCCUUCUCCAGACUGCAUGAUUCAGCUCCUUCCACCAGUGUACAAUGGCAUCCAGAUCAGGCCCCAGAGGAAGGCCACUUCAGAGUAGUCCAAGGUUUUGUUCUUAGCCAUUUGUGAAUCUUUGGAGCUGUGUGCUUUGGGUCAUUAUCCUGUUGGAGAACUCGUGAUUGCUUUCUGACACUGGGCAGCAUAUUUCACUCCCUUAUUUCACUGCCUUAAUAAUCUCGAGAGUUCGUCGUACCUGCACAGAUUCAAGUCACCCUGUGCCUGUUACAGCAAAGCAGCCCCAGAACAUAACCAAGCUUCCUUCAUGUUUAGAUAUAGAUACUGUUUUUAAAUACUAUUUAAUAAUAAAGUGGAUUUGAUGUUUCUCAA